AUGCGACUACUUCUUCUUGUUUGUGUUGCCUCAGUCGUUGAUGGCAUGGAUCUGGUGUCCCUGGGCUGCGUUCGGAAUCCAUCGCUGUCGUUUUGUAGAGCGCAUGCAGCAAAGACAGCAGCCGCGCAUACCAAGAUCAACCCAGAAAUCACACAAAAGGACAAGGAAGCAUGUGCAGAACUGCGUCUGGAAUACGUGAAGGUUUGUGCCAUGUCCGGACAACACAAAGUGGAUGAGAAAGAAAGCGAGUUCUGUCAAGCAUUUGAGAACAUUUGCUUCCGCAUACCAAAAGAAGAGCCGGAUCAAGUAACCGUUCCGUCAGCUCUCAGAAGAGAGCUGAAACCGAUCGAUGAAGAUUCAAAGGAAGCCGAAGACAGGACUGCGACUGAUAGGCAGCCUGAAAAGAAGAAAAAACGCAUUGAUUUCACAAAGUUCUGCAGAGAAUUCAAGAAUCGCUAUCUAUUCGUUUGUCCUGACCCAUUCAGAUUUGGUCAGAAGGCUGUAGUGUUCUGUCCUAUUUAUUCUGAGCGAUGCCAUGUCCCUCUUCCCGACAGGCCAGUAGUUCCAACACGUAAGCCUCCGCCGGGAAGACGAAGCAGUACAGUCGAGCGUGUGUGCAGAAGUUAUCGUGGAUUCGCCGAGACGUACUGCAACAAUCCAUUCACGCUCAGUCAACCGCAGUAUCGCGAAGGUUGUGAAAAGUAUUGGCGAUUCUGUACUCGACGAAAUGGGCGAUGA